AUGGAGUCUCCACAAUCUGUGACAUCGAAUUCCAAUGGUGUCUCUUUGAAUGGCACAAAGAAACCUGUUGUGCCCUCUGAUUCAGACAGUUACAUCGGUGCGCUUGAGGUUUUUGUUCAUCAAGCUAGGGACAUUCACAACAUCUGCAUCUAUCAUAAGCAAGAUGUGUAUGCUAAGCUUUGUCUCACAAGCGAUCCAGAGAGCUCAUUGUCAACCAAGAUCAUCAAUGGUGGAGGGAGAAACCCUGUCUUUGACGAUACCCUUCAGUUCGAUGUGAAGAAUGUGGAUUGUUCGCUAAAGUGCGAGAUAUAUAUGAUGAGCCGAGUGAAGAAUUAUCUCGAGGAUCAGUUACUUGGAUUCACUCUUGUACCUUUGUCUGAAGUGGUUAUGAGGAAUGGGAAAUUGGAGAAAGAGUUUUCUCUUUCGUCAACCGAUUUGUAUCACUCUCCCGCAGGUUUUGUUGACUUGACUCUCUCGUACGCAGGAGAUUCGCCCGAGGUGAUGCAUAUUCCUGCUGUUCCAACUGUGGACAAGACUGAGUUGGUUCCUUUCGAGUUUGAUGAGAUUGAGUUUGUGGAUCCCAAGAUUGUCUGUGAAAACAAUCAAAUGGUGUCCAAGUACUUUGCCACUCCUGGUUCUGAUUCUGAUGAAUUUGUAAGCGCUGAAACCGGCUUUGUGGAAACAAAUAGCGACCAAUCUAAAGCUGUUGACGCUGUUGAAGAAGCAGCUCCAACAAGUACUGUCUCAACAAAUGGAAUCUCUUCUCCAUCAAUUGCAGUUAGCUCGGGUUCCUCGGACACUCAUGAUGAUUCAAAGCUAUCAAGCGAAGGAAACAACUCAGGUUCAGACCGAGAAGCCAAAAAGCCAACAGAUAUCAUCAAGAAUGACGAUAUAGAUAAGACGGAUGAUGAAGCAGUUGUGAAACCGGUUCUGACAGUGAACCCUGAAGCAGAGCAAAAGGUAGUGCAGCAAGAUAUUGUUGACAUGUACACGAAAAGCUUGCAGCAAUUCACUGAAUCACUGGCUAAGAUGAAACUCCCUUUGGACAUCGAUAGCCCGACACAAUCAGAUAACUCAAGCUCCUCUCAGCAGACACCAAAGAGUGCAAGCUCCCGUGUUUUCUAUGGGAGUAGAGCCUUCUUCUGA